GUACAUUGAACACCUACGCCAAAUGAAACAGGUUUUGGUGGAGUUUCUGCCACCCCUAUGGUCUUGUCGUGAUUUCAGCAAUUCGGACAGUAGGACAUCAGUAAUCACACCAAUGCUAAGACGAAAUCGGUAUGAAACGAGACAGGUGAAAAAGAAAGCGGAUUCCCCCCACCCCCCUUCGAUGUAUCAUACGACAUUGGAAUUUGGAAUAACUAAACAAAGGAAAAAUGUAUCCUAUUCCUUAGACCAUCACUGCUGGCCUGUUGCAAUACCCGUAAGGAUUACCACCAUCUGAGCGUGCACCGUGUUUCGUGAGAGAUUUGCUGAAAUGAUUAAAGAGUAAAAGUUGAUCAUACAGGUCAUCCGGAUGGCCUGGUAUGAUGAUAAGAGAGGCGAUGAUGUUUCUUUUUGUUUCAUCCUACGCUCCCUUUCUUCUCUGUAUAUAUAAAGACGCAAGUCCCAUUCGAUUCGUCAGUCGCUUCAACGAGUUUCGAUCUCAGUAAUUACUGUAAAAACUGUUUGUAUCGUCGGAGACUAAAAGGCUGAAAAUGAAUUCCAUCAUUUUGCUGUUGACGCUCACUGUGGCCUACUCACUGGCUACGCCUACUAAUUAUGGGAGUAGCAAAUCUUCGACGACAUCCUAUGCCGUGCCUGCCGUAACCAUCUUAAAGCAAAUCAAUCAACUCAACGAAGAUGGCUCUUACACGUUUGGCUACGAAGCCUCUGACGGCUCGUUCCGAUUCGAGAAUAUGGACGCCAAUGGUUAUUUGACCGGUAGAUAUGGUUACGUCGAUUCCUACGGAAAAACACAAGAAACCGAAUACGUUGCCGGCAAGCAUUCUGGCCAGUCUGUGGGAUUCCAAGCUAGAGGAACAUCGAUCUCACAAGAUGGUCGAAAAGCUCUAGCGUUCCCUUUCAUUCAGACAGCACCUAAAUCAGUCGAACAAAAAGCUUUAGAUUACCAAUACACCAGCGUGGAUGAUGAUGAAGAUGGUUUCCCCGAUUCGGCACCAGUUAACGGUGGAAACGUUCGAGUAGUUUCUCUGGCCAAAGAUGCUUACAACAGUGGAACAACAGUCGUCCGUGUUGCUGAUCAAAAUUAUGCAGUUUCUAAUGUCCGUGUUUCGACACCCACGAAAACUACAUACGAGACAACUGCAGGGGAUAUCCGCCUUGUGUCUCCAUCUAAAAGCUCACACGGCCCUGUAGUCGGCGUUGUAGAAAAAAAUCAAAAGAUUGAAAAUAAUUAUGGUAACAUUGCAGAUGCAAGGGUUUCCUACGUACCUGCGGGUGUCCGUGUAACAAAUGCUGCAGAGGCAGACACUCCUUUCAUAAAGCCGAAUGCAAAGCCCAUUAUCACGAACAUCCAACAACUUUCUGGGCAGGUGAGCAUUAUCCGAUCUCCUACUACAAGUUACGGCAACUCUGCUGUCAAGUCGACUGGAAAAUUGGAUGAGUUUCUUAAGUCACUCGAGACCAACACCAAAAACGUCGGUAACAGCUACAACACGAACCAGUCAAGUGGCGCAAUAAUCACCUCGAAUCAAGACCAAUUUCAGCAGGAUUUCCAAAUCCAGCAAGAUGUUCAACCAAUUCAAGGUGACUCAAUCAGUGUAGAUUCAAUUGGAUUCUCUGUCUAGCAGUCUACCGUAUUUGAAGACCCAUGAUGGCCUAUUCAAUUAUUUCAAAACUUUCAAUAAUUUGCAUGAGAUGUAGACUACUCCUUUGAUUUAAUAUAUGAUACAAUUUUUGAACUUUAA